CCUGCGCUAUUGAAUAAAAAGGUGUGGUGUAUUCCAAAAAUACGAGGACGAAGGGACUAAAAUUGAUACAAAGAUGAACGUGUUUCGUCGUUUAAAAGACUAUAUAUGUUGGAUUUAUACUCAAUAUACACUUGUGACUGCUGUUUAUAUGCUGGAACCGGCAGAAAGAUGGACUUUCAAUUCAAUCAUUGUGCUGACUAUCGCAACUGCUGCCUACACUACUUACAUCUACCUGCCUUCUCAUUGCACCAUGAUCCUUGGUUACCUUGGACUUCUUGAAAUGGACUCGCAGACAACAUGACAGAAAAUCGGAUAGAUGUCGGAAUGAUAACAAAGCGGCAAAGGAUAAGACAUAAAUGAUUGACUGCAGUACUGAAGGGAUAUCAUCAUGAAGGUGCUGAUCGAUGUAUCCUGGUCUACAGCUGCUCCGGAGUGUGUUACUCUUUCUAUUUCCUCAGUGCUUCAUCAACUGACUCCAAGUCCAAGGAUAUCAGACAUUUAUGAUUCUGUACUAAGUGCCAUGGAAGGAGCCUUUCAAAGCUUCCAGUCAAAACCAUCUUUCCAAGGAAAUACACAACAUUGUACAUAAUGCAGUCGCUAAAUCUUCAACACCCAAUAUAAAUCGGUUCUAGAUUCAUGUAAAUUC